AGCUCAAAGCUCUAAAGAGAGAGAAAGAGAGAGAGAAAGAGGCAGGCAGGCAAAUGGGUUGUUGCUGUUUUGUUGGUUCAUUCAUGCUCCUACAAAAUUAAGCAAAGCAAAGGAAAAAACAUAGUUUCGGAAUAUAAAGGAGGCAUCGAGAUCUGCGUUUACAGAAAACUCCUUUAGCUUCACGAACAAGCAUCAAGUAGCAGCAGUGAGCUCCCUCUCUCUCCACUGAGUUGAACGUUAAUCUCUGCGUUGCUGGCGAAUCUUAGAACCCACCUUCUGCUUUUUACUCUUUUUAAUCUUUUUCGCUGCGUGUUCGUGAAGAAAUGCCGUUAAAGCUCGUUCAGCUAUUAAGGCAUUAAACACGCUCAUUUACUCACUCUCACUCUCACUCUGCUCAAGUUCUGCUCAAGCUCAAAGCUUCCGCAUUUCCAGCUGCCUUUGAGCUUCGGUUUCAGAUCGACCGAUGCUGCAGCUCCAAUGGUCGGUCUUCUCUCCUCUCUCUUCAUUGUUUCAGGGGAAGAAGAAAGAUUGCUGAGAUCACUCUCAUAGUCUUGACUCCUUAACGGAUUUCUCAACAAACAAUACUAGAUGAAGCCACAUUUAUUUUGUACAACAGUAAUUCUUCUCCUUUCCCUUUGCCGAACUAUAGCUGACCUCAAUUCAGACAAACAAGCCCUUCUUGGCUUUAUUUCUGUUGUUCCUCAUGGUCGAAAAGUUAACUGGGAUCCUGCUAACGCAGUCUGCAGUUCUUGGGUUGGCAUCACUUGUACUUUGGAUGGCACCCGUGUGCUUGCUGUCAGGCUCCCAGGUGUUGGACUGUAUGGUCCAAUUCCAGCAAAGACUCUUGGCAAGCUGGAUGCCCUCAUGGUCCUUAGCCUUCGGUCUAACCUCCUCAGUGGGAAUCUUCCCUCUGAUAUUUUCUCCCUUCCUUCCUUACACUACAUGUACCUUCAAAACAAUAAUUUUACAGGUAAUAUUCCCUCUUCUCUGUCUCCCAAUCUCACCUUGCUUGAUUUGUCUUUCAACUCCUUCACUGGCAACAUUCCAGCCACAAUCCAAAAUUUAACACGUCUCACUGGACUGAACCUCCAGAACAAUUCCCUCACUGGAUCUAUUCCUGAUAUCAACAUUCCAAGGCUUGUGCAUUUGAAUUUGAGCUACAACCACCUUAAUGGUUCAAUUCCUCCUACCCUCCAAAAAUUCCCUACUUCUUCCUUUGAAGGAAACUUGAUGUUAUGUGGACCACCACUGAACCACUGUUCUUUGAUCACUCCCUCACCUUCACCAUCCCCCAAUCUUCCACCAACAGGGCCAAUAGUCCCCUUGAAACCAGAAAAUGGAUCAAAGAGGAAACUUAGUAUGUGGGCUAUCAUUGCCAUUGCAAUUGGUGGUUUUGCAGUGUUGUUUCUCUCAGUUCUGGUGUUAGUGCUGUGCUGUUUGAAGAAAAAAGACGGUGAAGGCAGUGCUGUAGUGAAAACAAAAGGCGGAAGGAUUGAUCAGCCAAAGGAGGACUUUGGAAGUGGGGUGCAAGAGGCUGAGAAGAAUAAGCUGGUUUUCUUCGAAGGCUGUUCUUACAAUUUUGAUCUUGAGGAUUUACUAAGAGCUUCGGCUGAAGUUCUAGGAAAGGGAAGUUAUGGGACUACUUAUAAGGCCAUCUUGGAGGAGGGAACCACUGUGGUUGUGAAAAGGAUGAAAGAAGUGGUGGUGGGAAAAAGGGAGUUCGAACAGCAAAUGGAGAAUGCGGGGAGGAUUAGUCAGCACUCAAAUGUUGUUCCUCUUCGUGCUUAUUACUACUCCAAAGAAGAGAAACUCCUGGUUUAUGACUACAUUUCAGCUGGCAGCUUCUCAGCAUUAUUGCAUGGAAAUAGGGAAACUGGACAGAAUCCACCAGACUGGGAAACUAGGUUAAAGAUUUCCCUUGGAUGUGCUAAGGGGCUUGCCCAUAUCCACUCUGCCAGUGGAGGGAAAUUCAUCCAUGGCAACAUCAAGUCCUCCAAUGUCCUCCUCACGCAGGACCUCAAUGGCAGUAUCUCAGAUUUUGGCCUAGCUCCUCUCAUGAACUUCGCAACUAUACCUUCCAGAAGUGUGGGCUACCGAGCUCCCGAGGUGAUUGAAACUAAGAAGUCCUUUCAAAAAUCCGAUAUCUAUAGUUUUGGUGUUCUGCUCCUUGAGAUGCUGACAGGCAAAGCACCAGUACAAUCACCAGGCCGAGAUGAUGUUGUUGAUCUUCCAAGGUGGGUUCAAUCUGUUGUUCGAGAGGAGUGGACAGCUGAGGUGUUUGAUGUAGAGCUAAUGAGGUAUCAAAAUAUUGAAGAAGAGCUGGUACAAAUGCUUCAAAUAGCAAUGGCGUGCGUGGCAAGGGUGCCGGACAUGAGACCUACUAUGGAAGAAGUGGUUAGGAUGAUCGAGGAAAUCCGACCACCGGAUUCUGAUAACCGACCAUCAUCCGAGGACAACAGGUCUAAGGACUCAAAUGGUCAGACCCCAUGAGGGCAUGGCCUCACCCCUGUCAAUAUUAUUAAACCUCUGCCGUAUAUUCGCAAUUGUGUGAUUCUUUGUCGGGUCCUAGUCCUACUGUAAAAGCUUAGCCCCCUCUCCCCCUCCGAUUAGUAUAACAAAGAAGUUUCCAAACA